AUGUCUUCUACCCCAAAGAAACAAGGUGAAAAGAAGCACGACACUUUGUCAGCAGAAUCGUUGAAGAAGGAACCAAAACCGAUUCAGUUAGAAGAUGAAGAUGAAUUCGAAGAGUUUCCUCGAUGUGAAGUACAAGAAAAGAAGAGCGGACUGGACGUUGAACAAGAACUGAAUGUGUGGACUGACAAUUGGGACGACGAGAACAUUGAAAAGGACUUCCACUCUAUGUUGAAGGAGGAGUUGACUCGGUCCGGCCACAAUAUCUAA